UUGUGCAGUUGUCUGUGGAUAUUAGAAAGUUGCUUGAAUACAGAAAACUAAUUAUUUGAAAGCAGCUGUCUAAGGUUUUUUUUUUUCUUUCAUUUUCUAUACUUUCGUCUGCCUGCAUCUUUCACCCCAAUCAAAAACACAAGUAUGGUGUUUUAUGGUGGGAUGGUUUAAAGUUUAACUACUCUGUGACAAUCACACAUCGAGACCUUGAGUGAGCCUUUUACCGUUCAACUCCUGCAGACCGUGGCACAGCGUGCAGCCUGCUGCUGAGACCCCGAGAGGAACUGAAGUAUAAAAAUGAAAAAGAAGACAAUAAUUGUGGCACUGACAAUACUGCUGCUGGCAGCAGCUGCUACUUUUGUGGGCGUCUACUUUGGUGUGGGGAGAAGGGAGACAAAAAGUGAGAGGGGGUACUCUAAGGCAGCUGUGGCAGCAGACGCUGGACCAUGUUCAGAGAUCGGCAGGGACAUGCUGAAGAGAGGGGGCUCUGCAGUAGAUGCUGCUAUAGCUGCUUUUUUGUGUGUUGGACUGAUGAAUGCUCAUAGUAUGGGUAUCGGAGGAGGACUUUUCUUCACCAUCUAUAAUGCAAAGACUGGGAGAGUUGAGACCAUUGAUGCCAGGGAGACGGCACCACGCAACGCAACAGAAAACAUGUUUGGGAACAGUACAGAUCUAUCCCAGAAAGGAGGGUUGGCGAUUGCUGUGCCAGGGGAGAUUCGAGGUUACCAGAUGGCACACCAGCGACAUGGAAAACUGCCUUGGAAAGACUUGUUUAUGCCAAGCAUUGAACUUGCAGAGAAAGGAUUUCCUUUGGGAAAGGCACUUGCCUCAGCUUUGUCUAGUAAUAAGCAAACCAUCAUGCAGGACCCAACCUUGUGUCAAGUUUUUUGCGGGGAGAAAAGCGACGUCCUAAAAGAAAAUGAAACCGUUAAAUUUACCAAGCUCGCGGAAACCUAUAGAAAAAUAGCCGAAGAGGGUCCUGAUGCUUUUUACAAGGGAGAAUUGGCUCAGAAGCUUGUGGCAGAUAUCCAGGCAGCAGGCGGCAUCAUCACAAUGGAGGAUCUGCAGGAUUAUACGCCUGUCUUGGAUGAGAACCCUCUAAGGAUGAACGUGGGGGAGUACACCAUGGUUGUUCCCAAUGCCCCCGCUAGCGGCCCUGUGCUCUCGCUGAUAUUAAACAUCUUGAAUGGCUACAACUUCACCUCAGAUAGCGUGGCAAGCACUGAGAAAAAGAUCCUAACCUACCACCGCAUGGUGGAGGCCUAUCGUUUCGCUUACGCAAAGAGAACCAUGCUCGGAGAUUGGAAGUUUCUCAACAUCACAGGUCUCAUCCAGAAUAUGACUUCACAAUUGUAUGCCGAUGCCCUCCGUGAAAAGAUUACCGAUGAAACCACACAUCACAUGAACUACUACGAGCCAGAGUUUUAUCUGCCUGAAAACUACGGGACCUCGCACCUCUCGGUAGUAGCUGAAGAUGGAAGUGCUGUGGCUGCCACCAGCACUAUCAACAUAUAUUUGGGCUCCAAAGUUAUGUCAGCAUCAACAGGGAUCAUUCUCAACAAUGAGAUGGACGACUUCAGCUCGCCUGAUAUCACAAACAGCUUCGGUGUGCCUCCUUCACCGAACAACUUCAUCAGGCCAGGGAAACGGCCAAUGUCUUCAAUGUGUCCAACAAUCCUUUUUGACAAAAGCAACAAAGUGAAGAUGGUGGUCGGAGGUUCAGGAGGAACAAAAAUCACCACCUCUGUUGCUCAGGUGAUUCUAAACACCCUGUUCUUCAACUAUGAUCUGAAAGAAGCUGUGUUAGAUCCAAGGGUCCACAACCAGCUGAGUCCUAACAUCACUGUAGCGGAGCCUGGCUUUGACAAAGAUGUCCUGGAUGGUUUGGCAAGGAAGAACCAUGAGACAAAACUACUCACAUCGACGGGAGCCGUGGUGCAGGCAGUACUGUGUCAUGAUGACAAGGUGUAUGCUCAGUCCGAUCCACGCAAGGGGGGGUAUGCAGCAGGAUACUGAAGUUAUAAACACACCUAUGAUUAUGGAGAGAUACUGUAGUUUUGUGAAUCUUGACACCAGUGGGACAACCUCAAAGAUUAGAAAGUUGAUAAAGAUUCAGCCAACAUGGGCGUUUGUCUUGGGCACCAGUUGUUUUGUACUGAUUGUACAAAACAACUAGUACCAGCUGAACAAGCCUUUAACCAUUACAAGCUAUACUUUAACACUGAGUGCCUUGGCUGAACCUUCUUAACUUCACAUCAUUCUAAUGAUCACAUCAAUCUAGUGAAUAAAAUCUUUUAAAAAAGAUAUCUUUUGGUAUAACAGUAAAAACAAACAAAACUGUUCAGACACUGAGCGCCUAUGAUUCAAUCUAUUUGUGAAGCACAGAUUAGUAGAUGUGUAAAGCAGUUUCCUGCGAUUGUUUUGACACAUGGCAUCCACAAAACUGAGAUCUGCUACUGUCAUAAGAAACUGCAACACCUCGGGAUCAAACAUUUUCAAACACUGCACAUAACAACAUCCAGGAAUCCCAAGUUCAUCGGCUUUUAAUGACCUCAUAAAAACAUUACAGCUGUUGCCGUCCAUCUUCACCUUUCAUUCAGCUAAAGUUACAUAAUAAGUUAAAUACAUAACAGUGUUAGAUUAGAUAUAUAGAAAUAAAUAGAUUUGCUAUGAGUGACUGGAUCACAUGUAAUAGAACCAAUGUUUCAAAACAAAGCUGGGACUUGUUCUCUGGACCUACCAUAUAUUUAUUGAAAAAUAAAUAAAUUGCAACUUUUGAAGCGCA